UCCGCGAGCGGCGGGCGCUUUCUUUUCCAUGGAACCACUCCUGCGCAGGGAUUCUCGUGUGUCGGAACGAAAAGAGGAGGAGAGAAAAGGAUGUGGAAAGCGCGAAGCGUUGUUCCUCCGAGAGGAAACGCAAAAGAAAGAGAGGUCUGCAAGCAUUGCUGUCUCUUCCAAUUCGUCUUCCUCGGUUUUCUUUCUAUAUCUCUCUCUUUCCAGGCGGCUGGAGACGUCGAAUCCAUCCAUGGAGCUUCUACACCUCAACCAGCACGAGUUCACAGACGCGGGCCUGUCACUCGCGCCGCCUUCGUCCUUCUGCUUCCAGCCGAUACCCUCCUUUGUAAGAACACCCACCGCCGCCGCCGCCACGACCGAGGAGAGCAGUAGCAGCGCUGGCGCCGAGGUAAUCAACAGCAGCAGCAAGAAGCGCAAGAUCGACGACCACCGCAAUGCUGCUGCUGUGAACAUUCCCGAUCGUGAUCUCCAGCUCGACGUUCAUGGCGCGCGCAACGUUAACAGCUGGCCGAUGCGGGACGUGAGCCUCCACCUCUCAGCGCAGCCGCUGCCGAAAGGCUGGGAGCAAUGCUUGGAUCUCAAGGCGGGAGAGAUGUAUUACUUCAAUAAGGCGCUUGGGCUGCGAACCAGGGAUGACCCACGUAUGGGAUUCGAUUGGAGCAGCGGCAACAGCAGUCAUUCCCUGGCGGCCACCAAGGACAUGGCGUCGCUCCUCGAGAUGAACAACACCUACAGGAUGGCCUUGGCGCAGCUGCAGCAGCAGCGGUAUCGAUAUCAUCAAGUCGUGCAGCGGCAUUUGGAUCUCAGCCGCAACCUGUCUUGCACCUGUGCCUCUUGCUCUUGGAAGCGCCAAUUUGGCCGUAAUCUCCACGACGCCUCGGGUGCUAUGGUCCAGAGGAAGCGAGGGUGAUUGCAUGCUUGUUUUCCAAUUCAAUUGCGAACCCACAACUUCGAGCAUUCACGCUGUUUAUUGCGAAAGAUUGGCGGUGGAUUGACAGUCUUUGGUCGUAUUCAUGGAGGGUGUAAAACAUACGGGGAGGGAAUCACUAGAAUCAAUCCCACAUUCAUGAACAGAGGCUUCCAAGGGAUGAUGCGGUGUCCGGACCAAGUGUGUGCCUGGAGCUCCAUCGUAGCAAUGGCAAUACCCAAAGCGGGCAAUUCGCAUUUUGCUGUGCGCGGGCGUGGCAUUCUUAUCAGGAACAAGUCAGAGCUGGGAUGUGGGGGAUUACGUCACACUCAAGAUUUAGCUGCUGUCAUUAAAUGGUGAAAGUAUGUAAGUUACCACAUAGUUUUACCAGUGUUGAAAGUGAAAGUAUACAUUACUUUCAUAUAAUAUUUUAUAGUUUGAUUUGGUGCA